AUGUCUGCCGGUGUGACCAGGUACAUUACGCUUUGGUUCAUCCCAAAGGUGAGCCAGGAUAUCGUUUCCACCUUCCCCAUUCUGGCCAAGACAGGCCGCAUCGAUUUCCCCCUGCGGUGCACCACCAAGAAGACGAUCCUCACAAUCACACCGCAGGAUGAUGCUGAUGCGCAGCCUGUGGUGGACUUCGGCUCGGUUCUCUUCGGGGAGUCUUCCAGCCGGGAGCGAGCGAAGACGAGCGGAGAGCUUACCAUCAAGAACACCGGCGCGCUCUCGGCAAAGUUCACGUUGCGCCGACAGGUGAUUGAGCCUGAUCUCAGCGGCGGCCGUGGCAAUCGCGAGGUUGUGGGCAUCGAACUGGUGGAGGAGGACGCCCCGGCCGGCGCGGCAGAGGAAGCGCCCGAAGCUCCCGAGGCAGCUGAGGCGCCCGAGCCCGAGGCGGCGGCCGAGGCAAAGCCGGAGGAGGCAGAGGCGACAGAGGCAGAGGCGGAGGCGUUUGCUGGUGCAGAGGGCGAGACGGAGGACAAGGAGGCAGUCACACAAAUCAUUGAGGGCCGAAGCAGCGACAUUGUGGACAUGAUCACCUGGACAGAAGGUGGCACCUGCAAAUCUGUCGGUACCUCGAAGAUCUCCUUCUGCUUCAAGCCCACUAGGCUGGGAGACUUUGCUGCGGAGCUGAACCUGUGUAUUGCAAACGGUGCUCCUGGAUACGCGAAGUAUGAGAAGGAGCAUAGGGUGCUGCUGCGAGGCUCUUGCUUGGACGUACCCAUCUACGUGGAUCGAGAGGAGUACCACCUACAGACCUGCGUCUACGGCCACAUCUUCCGCGAGAGCGUGAUGAUCCGGAACCGGGCCUCUGUGGCGAUGAAGAUUCAGGUGCAGAAGCCUAAGCAGAUCGAGGGGGAGCUCCAGCUGAACACGGCGCUGGCGUACAUCCAGGGACACGGAUCCCAGGCUAUCCAGGUCAAGUUCUCGCCCAAGGCGGACUUCUUGGACAGGCAUCCAGAGUUCCGGGACGCUGAGCGCGGCUCCGGAGCCUUCCGCAUCCCCAUGCGCAUCGUGGGGGCGGACCAGGUCUUGCCGGUGAAUACCACCCUCAUUGGCGUGCUCACGACCGACGCGGUGAACUUUUUGCCGCAGGUCCUGAACUUUGGGUCCUGCUACGUGGGCAGCUCGGUGGCGAUGCGCCUCUCCAUUGUCAACGAGUCGCUCCUCAAGCGCCGCUUUGCUUUCACGCGUUUGCCCUCCUACCUCAGCAUCGAGGACGUGCCAGCAGACGUGUUGGAGGAGGAGGAGAUUGGGGAGGCCUCGACGCCGGGCCUGGCACUAUUGCAGUGGUGGAGGGCGGUGGCGAGGGCAUUUUCGGCACCCUCUUGCCAGGUGAGCGGAGGCAGGUGA